CUCCUCCCCCAGACCUCAGCCAGACCCCCGUCGAGAUGACCGUCAAUGAGUUGAAGUUCGCCCACUGGCUCUACGACACGCCGGGGAUCAUGAAGGAGCGCGACAUCCUCCACCUGCUGCAGGACCACGAGGUCCGGCUGGUGGUUCCAAACAAGGCCAUUGUCCCGCGGAUGUUCGUGUUGAAGCCCGGCAUGUGUCUGUUUGUGGGCGCUCUGGCCAGGAUCGACUUCCUGCAGGCAGAAAAGUCCUGCACGUUUUCAGUCAUGGUCUCCAGCCGUGUCCCGAUCCACAUCACCAGUUUGGAACGAGCAGACAACAUCUAUCAGAAACACGCAGGCCACGCCCUGCUGGGG